AUAAUCCUUGUCUUGGUCUUGCGCGAGAAGUCACAAGAUACUAAAAAAAAAAAGAAGGAAAAUCGAUCUACUUCUUAAAAACAAUCUUGAGUGAGCUGAUAACCAUCGAUGAGUCGAAUAAAAUUACACCAAAUGAGAGAUAUCAAUAUUCAGUGGGUUCCAUUCAUGAAUUCUUGAAUAACUUACAAUUAGUAUGCGCUGACAAUUGAUGCGCUGCGGAAUUGAACAACCGCUUAUUGCUCGAUAAUCGUGUUCAAAACCAUGAACUGACCACUAAACGAUUAUUUAAAAUUAGUCAGGACUUAGCGUAGCGUUAAGUCUGGGUAUAAUCGAUAGCCAAGCUUUGCCAUGACAACGAAUAUUGUUAGGACGGUGAUGUCAGUUUCAUAAAACUGCAAUCCACUCUUUGGGGCACUCCACAAUUGACAGUUUCACUCACACAUCGAAAAAAAAUCAAUAAAUAAUCCAACAAAAUAAGAAACAAUGGGCAACACCGAGAGCAACGUGACAAGUGGUGUAAAAAAACAGACGGAUACAUCGUCGAUCUUGUUAUAUAAGUUGGUCGAUCUUAAAGGCGGAGGCCUCCUGGUCGACAUGAUGAAAAGGGCAGCUCAGACGAAGCAAUUCGCAGAGCUGGACCACGCGAUGAGAACAAAAGUUGAACCUUUUUUGUACAACAAGGGUAAAGGAAAAUGGAUACCGAUAAGUAAAUUGGUACUUUUACGCAACAAGGAAAGAGGAAGGCAUAAAAUGCUACCCCCACUGAAAGCCAUGGAAAACCCCGGAGAGUAUGAUAUCGACAAGGAUCUUGGCGAGGAAGACGUCGACGAGGAUAAAAUAGACAAGAGCAAGUACAGAGAAGUUUGCUGGUGUCUCAGCGAGAGGGGAGCGGUUGGCGAGACAAUUUUACACUUGUGCAUGUUGAACGCGACGGCAAUUCACGCUGAUUUAGCAAAACGUCUUUUGCGAUUCUAUCCGAAGUUGAUCAACGACAUUUACAUCAGCGACGAGUACUACGGAGAGAAUGUACUCCACAUUGCGAUCGUCAACGAAGACCCGUCGAUGGUUAAAUUUCUGCUGGACAGCGGAGCUGACGUCCAUGAAAGGUGUUUUGGGAACUUCAUGUGUCCGGAAGAUCAAAAAGCUUCGAGAGCCGACAGUAUGGAUCACGAGUGGGUCAGCGUUACACCAGAAACCAACUAUGACGGUUACGUUUACUGGGGGGAAUAUCCGCUGAGCUUCGCGGCUUGUCUGGGACAGGAGGAGUGUUACAGGCUGAUGCUGGCCAGGGGUGCCGAUCCCGACAAACAAGACACCAACGGAAACACGGUCUUACACAUGUUGGUUAUUUAUCAGAAGCUACAGACUUUCGACAUGGCCUACGAAGUGGGGGCUUCUCUAGCCCUCAGGAACGUUCAAUGUUUGACUCCUUUAACGUUAGCAGCGAAAUUAGCGCGAAUCGAGAUGUUCUUUCACAUUUUGAACAUCGAGAGGGAGAUAUAUUGGCAAAUAGGGAGCAUCACUUGCGCCGCUUAUCCCCUCAUGCUCAUCGAUACCAUCGACAUUGCCACGGGUAAAAUCAGCAACAAUUCUGCGUUGAAUUUGGUUGUGUUUGGCGACAAAGACGAACACUUGGAACUGAUGGAUGGCGUUUUGGUGGAUCUUUUAAAUGCAAAGUGGAACACGUUUGUCAAAUCAAGGUUCUAUCGACAGUAUUUUUUGUUUUGUUUCUACUUUCUGAUCUCAUUGGUCAGUUUCACGCUCAGACCAGGUCCGUCGAUGAGCAAAACGUCGCCAACAACUGCACCGGGGAAUUCUUCAACGCCGACGCAGAAUCACGUUACAACAGCAUCUACAAUUUCAGAUAUUUCGAUGCAGGCUAAAAAUUUAACGGCGACUUUGACCUCCGGCAUACUAUCCACGCUCAAUAUCUCAGCCGGCUUACUGGAGAGGUUCAGUUCUCAAAUUGCAUCGAAUAUUACGUCAGCAUUAGAGGAGAUAAUUCUGAUGUCCUCGACAGCCGAGGCGAUAAUAACUGAGAUCAACGGUCGCAAUAACACUGCGGAAGAGAAUUCUACAACUGUAACGGAAAAUGUCACGGCUGCAUUGAACCAUCUAACUCCAACUGCGAGCCGUUCCUUUGAGAAUGCAACUAAUUUAUUAGCAGCUCUCAAUUUGACGAGCCUCAAAUCGAAUAGCGAAGAUGACGAUGACUGGUGGGAUGACCUAACGGAAGAAUGCAGAUUGAUGCAGAUGACGUCAGCGACUGCAAAGAUCCGUCUGAGUGCCGAAGUUCUGAUGGAGAUCGGAGCGAUUCUUUACAUCGCGGCGGCUCUGAGAGAAGCAAGAUUUCUCGGUCUCAAUAUGUUUAUAGAGAACCUGAUGACUGCACCAUCCAGAGUGAUGUUCCUAUUUUCGUGCUGCAUUUUACUCUCGUUCCCAAUUUUAAGAUUGGCCUGCGCCGACGAGGUGGAAGACAUGCUCGCCGUUGUCGUCAUGCUAACCUUGGCACCAUACUUUUUAUUUUUUUGCAGAGGUUUCAAGACGGUCGGCCCUUUCGUUGUAAUGAUUUACAGAAUGAUCAUGGGAGAUCUUCUCAGAUUCGUUUCCAUAUACUUGGUCUUCGUAAUGGGAUUCUCGCAAGCUUAUUACAUCAUUUUCCUGUCAUUCGACAAUCCAAACACACCAGAAGGGGUCGAUGACUCCGUAAGUAACCCCAUGCCUUCGCCGAUGGAAAGUAUUAUGGCAAUGUUUUUGAUGAGUGUGACAAAUUUUGGCGACUACUAUGGCGCCUUCGAAAGAACCGAUCACGAAUUGGAAGCUAAGUGUCUAUUCGUUGUAUACAUGGCAAUCGUGGCCAUUUUAUUAGUCAAUAUGCUGAUCGCCAUGAUGGGCAACACCUACCAAAAAAUUGCGGAGACAAGAAACGAAUGGCAAAGGCAGUGGGCCAGGAUAGUCUUGGUGGUAGAAAGAGGUGUCAGUCCAGCGGAAAGAUUGAAAAAAUUGAUGGACUAUUCCCAGCCAAUGUCGGAUGGACGAAGAGCUCUUGUACUGCGAUUGAAUCAGACCGAGGAGGACAAGGAAGAAAUGAAGGAAAUAUUGGAGAUGAAACGCGUCCAUGACAGACUGGUGAAAAAGCGUAAGGAUAAACUUCAGAUGGAAAGAAUGAAAAAAUCUUCUGUUCGUGGAAACUCUGUGCUAGGUAAAGACGCGCAAAUAUCUGAAAGUAUCGCAUGAGUGAGUCAACUUGCCGGUUGCGCGACAACUGAUUCAAUUACUCAAACUUACUGUGCAGUAAGUAACGAAUACUGGAAACCACGAUAACACAUCCUGCCAUUGUUCGAUAAUUUUCGAUAAUUCUUUAUGAAAUGAUCCAAAAUAUCAAGCAAAAACCAACUUGUUAACUUUUAUAUUUGACAUCAGAAAAUUUCAACGGAAACACUACUACGAUUUACGAUUUACAUUUAACAGACCAUUAGCAUAACUCAUCAAAAUAUUUUUCCCCAUAUAUGUACUA